AUGACUGAUGAUAUCCGAAAACAAGAGAAAGGGGAGUGGAGGGCCAAUCUGAGUAGUGAAAAUGUAGUGAAAGGGAUGGGGGCUACUUCCAUCGACACAGAAGAGGGAAUUGGGGUCACAAAUCAGCGUAGACUUAAUGCAAGCAGUUUUUCAACACCGCACGACCAAGAGUUGGGGAAACUCAGAGCAACAAGGCCGAUCCGUGCACCACACAUCAAAUCAAACUUGGUGAGGAUCGAUGUAAUUGAGAAGAAAGGCAGCCCAAACGAAAACAAGAAGAACGAGCUGACGAAGCAAAACCGGCGCAGGUGCACAAGCGUAUACCACGGGAUGAAUACUGACCGAGGACCUCCUUCGCCCUUGAGAAGGCGCGAUGAUAAUUGCCCACAGAAAGCCUUCCUAGCCAAAUAG